UCCGAAAAGUAGUUGAGCGUGCCGGUGUGCGCGGCUUUGGGAGCGGCCGUCCCGGGACAGAAGAAGGAUUGAGAGCGGAUGGCGCGGCGGGGCGGCUCACGACGAGGCCGAGGACGAAGUCCAGGCCGAAGUCCAGGCUCAGGACCGGCCGGGGUGCUCUUGUCGGUGGAGGAGACCGGGCGGUGCGGGGGUCCCGGGGAUGCGGGGGUCCCGGAGCCCCCGGAGGGUCCGGGGAUGCAGGCCUCGUCGGUGCAGCUGAUCCCGGGGGCGGCGGGAUCCCCGGACAAGGUCCCCUCCGGGACGCCGGACGAGGGGUCGCCGCUGCCGGAGCCCUGGGCCCUGCGCGGGCCUAAUCAACAGCCGGAUUCUUGGACUGCCGCCCUGCGAGACAAGAAGACAUGGAUCUUGCUGGUCGGGUUCGGGAUUUUGUUCCUCACCAUCAUCAUGACUUCGCAGCUAUGGAGAAAUGAUGCCCCCGCCCCAUCUCCAGCUUUUUGCCCUGUUGACUGGACACCUUUCCGGCAAAGCUGCUACUUCUUCUCCACUGAUGGAAGAACUUGGGAUGUGAGCACUGGCUUGUGCUACGUGAAUGGCUCCUUCUUAGCUGUGCUCGAAGACCUGCAGGAGCUGACACGGUCUCCGCCGCUGCUCUCUCCAGCGGAGGCCGCUCCUUCUCCCACUCCCCCGGACUUACCGGUGUUUAUUAGGAAACACACAAAAGGAGAGCUCUGGAUUGGGCUUCGUCGAAGAGGAGAGGACCUGUACUGGGUCAACGGGACAAAACUGGAUCCAACGGUGUUCCCGGUGGCAGGAUUGGGAGAGUGCGCCUACACCGAUCCUACUGUGUUCUCCACCUCUUCGUGCUCAUUGACUCGUUCAUUUAUCUGCAAGAGGCCCAGAACCACAUGACGGGAGCCCUGACCACACUUUUAAGUUAUUAGAAGAUGUAAUAUAUAUUUGAUACUAUUAAAAUGUUUUAUGAACUAAUCAUAUGAAAUAUUUUAUGAAGUGUUUUUAAAUUUGUAAAUUAGUGUGUGCUGUCGUAAUUGAAGAGGCCAAUGGGAGCUGAAGCGGGUGAAGCCUCAGGGGAGCUGAAAGCUUGUCUACUUUGCUGUAGAAAGCAGGCGACUUGCCAAGCCUGUGCACUGCGAUCCAUCUCUUUUGGACACUUGGUAUUCACCCCAUCUUUACCACACAGCACUUAUGUCCUUAGCCAUAUAAGGACAUGUGACCUUUCCUUUCUUGGUGGUCUGUCUCUGUUGUCUCUGUUGUCCUUUUGGAUGCACUGUGAUAGUGUCUAGCCAGGAACUAUAAUAGUUACACAU